AUCAAACUAACGUAGAAUCGCACAUCAAAUCCUCUCCACCAAAUUUUUUGAAAGGAGUCCAAGACUAUCCAGGACUUUGCACAAGUCUUAUUGAGAUUCUUGGCGUUGAAAACUAUAUUUGCAAAUCCUCUACGGAUCGUCUAAAAAUUCAAAUAAGUACUCCGGAAGCAUAUAGAACGCUUAUUCACUUUCUCAAGGAUCAAAAUGCCGAAUAUCAUGCAUAUCAACUGCAACAAGACAAACCCACACGUGUAGUGAUCAGAAAUUUACACCCAUCAACUAAUACCAGACUAAUCAAAUCUGAAUUGGAACUCCGAGAAUUUAAAGUACGUAACGUUACAAAUGUUCUUCAUAAGGUGCACAAAAUUCCAUUACCACUCUUUUUCGUUGACCUGGAACCUUCUCCUCAAUCAAAUGCCAUCUAUAAACUGAUCUCCACGCUGCACACUAAAAUUAAAGUAGAGGAGCCCUAUAAACCUAAGAUAAUUAGCCAGUGCUUAAAUUGUCAAGAAUACGGCCACACGAAAUCUUACU